AUGCCGAUUUCGUUCGAUACAGCGACAUCUCAGCAAGAUGGGCCUCUGAAAACCGAGACAAUGUGUUACAGAGGAUUUCAAGAAGAAGGCUAUUACUCGGAACCGGAGAAGCACGAAAACUUAUCUUCAGUUACCCUGCUAGAAGGCGACUCUAUAACUUCCUCGCCUGAUGUAAUUAAAGAAUCUGCAAUUAUAACAGAUGUGACCAACCGCCAUGAUGAACACAAUAACCAUAAUGUAGAUGAGUUGUCUUCUGACGAAGACGUGGAAGAAAAGUCCAUCAGCAAUGACUCAAAUGAAUUAAAAGCUGACAAUGACGAGUUUACAGACCAACUGACUCACUUACACAAAAUACUAGGCAAAAAUGGAGAGCUUAGCUCGAAGCCUAACAUUUCAGAAAUCAAUCCUGCGUCAACCGCCUGCGCAAAAUCUUUCGGCAUUUACGAGGAUCAAACAGGGACAGAUGGGCAGCUCAAGCAACAUACGAGAGAUUUCAACUCAAAACUCCCACCUGAUAGUCCUGCUGACCAGCGAGUACCCAGGAGGAGAAAAACCCCUAGCGAUGUCGUUCCAGACACGUCCUCAAUAUCAUCGAAUGGAAAGGUUCGCUGCUACCGAUGUAAACAGUGCGAAUACGUUUCGGUUAUGAAAACUGACUUCUGGGAACACCUCAAGACACACAUCAAAACGGAAAAACUCCUCACCUGUCCUAAGUGCCCUUUUGUGACCGAGUACAAGCAUCAUUUAGAGUACCAUCUACGGAACCACUUCGGUUCUAAACCCUUUAAGUGCCCAAAGUGCAAUUAUAGUUGCGUGAAUAAGUCCAUGCUAAACAGCCACAUGAAGUCCCACUCCAACAUUUACCAGUAUAGAUGCGCUGACUGUUCCUAUGUCUCUAAAUACUGUCACAGCUUAAAACUACAUUUGCGAAAAUACGCGCAUAAACCUUCCGUUGUUCUAAACGUUGACGGAACGCUUAAUUCCUACUCAGUAAUUGAUGUCUACGGAAAAAAGCGUGGUCCAAGAUCCAAGAAGCAAAAAACAGAAGUUCAACAAAAUUCACCAUCAAGCCAAAGUCCAAAAACUCCCGUUGUUCAUAUUCCUCCAAUAGAGCAAUUACCAGCCACCUAUCCUUCCAAAUCUCCAGUCGUUUCUCCUAGCCAUGGACUAAAGAAUUUAGAGAAUUUAAAGAAUUCUCAUGCCAUGAAUGGCUUUCAAAGUAAUAUGUCUUUACGUCCACCCCUACUGUUGAAAUCAGUAAAGUCUUCCAAUAAAUUAUUCUCAGGUCCAGCUCCAGAGAAGACUCCGAACACUGAAGAUUCACUUCUAUCAAAAACUAACCUUCAACUACUGAACUGUAACCUUUGUGAUUUCACUACAGAAAUCCAAGACUUGUUUAGUAAACAUCUGAUUAAGCAACAUGUGACUACAAAUAAUCAAGAUAUGUACAAGAUUUGUGGCAAUACUUCAAAAAGCCUACCACAAAUUCAGGAUCAGCCACAAAUUAACGAAAACCAAAAGUUAGAAGAAAACGUAGUUCUUAGAGAUGAUCACAGUUUGAGACUUAAAAGUCACACACAAAUGACAGAAAAUCUAGCCAAAAAUAUUCCAUCAUCUGAUUUCUCCUUUAUGUUCGCAAAGUCAAAAAAAUUUACUGUGCCUUCACUUCUCCCCCAGAAGCUGGACUGCGCUCACACUCCUCCUAUGUUGGCCACUCCUCUUACUAGUCAUUCAGUGUCCACUCAUCAGAUUCUGCUGACCUCUAUCUCCUUACCUUCAAGGAUAGCAUCUCCCGAGAUCAAGCCAGACACACACUUUCCUCUAGAUCUUAGCAGUUAUCGUGCAAUUUCUCCAAACUUAUCCCCCUCACAGCCUGUGUCUCCUCAGUUCUCCAAAACGUCUACAGUCGAUCAUCCACCACAAGAAGUUCCUUGUAGAAAUUAUGUUAGUACUUCUGAACCUACUCAAUCUCUGUCUUCCAACUUCCGGAACCGAAGGAGGAGAAAGGCUAUGAAACUAGAAAGUUGUCAAUUGUCCACCGAUCAAAGGUAUUCUCCUGAAGAUUUCGUAAAAUUUCAUAAAGAAAUGAACAAUACAAUCCUUACCACAGAGGCGCCUAACGAACCACUUUCAAAGAAAUCGCAACAGUGUAUGAAUUUCAUAUCGGUACCCACUUACUUAUCUUCUGUUGUCAUUGAUUCCACUAACUCUGAUGAAGCCCCAAGUACUAUCAAUGUGUCAGAGGGGAAAUUCUCAUCCCAUGUAGAGACAUUUACAUCUACUUGUAACUUUGACGUCCCAGAAAAAGCUCCUAGGAUGACUAGACCUGUUUCUGAACCCGUUCUAGCCAAAUCUAUAGGAAUGCCAGAACAGCCCUUAUCAUUUCCCUACCGGGUAUCGUCGCUCUUUUUUGGAAAUAAUGGGCUAAACAAAAAGCACAAAGAAAAUGUGAUGGCAUCCAACGGGCAUUACCCAAAUUUUCCAUAUCAUAAUAUGGGCAUGCCUGAUGCCUUAAAAGAGAGAUUUAUUUACCCGUCAUCUCGUCAUACCUUACCCGUUAAACAAAACGGGACAGAAAUUAAGAAAACGCCCUCUUCAGGAAGCGAAGAGUAUUCAAAAUGGCAAGAUUCCUACACGUGCAAAUACUGUGAUUUGGCUUUUAAAGACUGUGUUAUGUACACCAUGCACAUGGGUUACCAUGGUUACCAAGACCCAUUCACGUGUAACAUGUGCGGCCAGCAAAACAAAGAUAAGGUUUCGUUUUUCUUACACAUUGCACGAGCUGCUCACCAGUGAUCUUCACAAGAAUUAUGUUUGUGUUGUGUUCAGAUGUAACACGAAAACUUCAUUUUCAAACUACCUCAUAUUUUUUAUUGUGGAACAAAGCUUUACAAUGCUGUUAUUGUUAGAUGAAUAUGAAAACAUGGCGUGUUAUAGUAUUUUGUUUGACCUUGAUUUGAAGCAGUUUGAUUCGAGAACUUGGAACCUUCAAUUGUUUUAAAGGUCAUUGAUUUGACAUAUAUAUCUAAAUUUUAGUGUUCCUAUGGUACAGUUAACGCACUCCUACUUUUAUUUACGUUCCUCAGUUGUUUUUAUAUGGAUUGUAUUUUACAGGUCCGAAUGUUUUUUGUUUUUUUCAUAAGCAUUUAUUGAACUGUAAUGGUCGUGUUCACUCGUUUAAAGCACAACAAACUUUGGUAACCUGCGUAACAUCACCAAAUUUUAAGUUCCAUUUUUAGAGUUUUUAUCUCAGCACUAAUAGAUAUUUUGAGU